AUGUCCUACGAUCGCUACGUUGCCAUCUGCAGACCUCUGCACUAUGAGACCCUCCUGGGUGGCAGAGUUUGUGUCCACCUGGCAGCAGAUGCCUGGGCCUGUGGGUUCCUCAAUGCUCUGCUGCACACAGCCAAUACAUUUUCCCUGCCCCUCUGCCAGGGCAAUGCUGUGAACCAGUUCUUCUGUGAAAUCCCCCAGAUCCUCAAGCUCUCCUGCUCCACAUCCUACCUCAGGGAACGUGGUCUUAUUGUUGUUGGUGUUUGUUUAGGUUUUCUCUGUUUUGUGUUCAUUGUGGUGUCCUAUGUGCAGAUCUUCAGGGCAGUGCUGAGGAUCCCCUCUCACCAGGGACAGCGAAAAUCCUUUGCCAUCUGCCUGCCUCACCUGGCUGUGCUCUUCCUGUUUGUCAGCACUGGCAUCUUUGCCAACCUGAAGGCCCCCUCCGUCUCCUCUCCAACCCUGGAUCUAGUUGUGUCAUUUCUGUACUCAGUGGUUCCUCCAACAGUGAACCCUCUCAUCUACAGCCUGAGGAACCAGGAGCUGAAGGCUGCCCUGAGCAAACUGAUCCCUGGAUUCUUUCAGAAGCAAUAA